AUGGUGCUGCCCCCUCAUCAGAGCCAUCUGAGCCUAACACAGAAACAGCACAGAAAGAUGAAAUUAUUCUUAAUGGAGGCAGGUUGGUUGUUUGGUAUUGAAUCAGUCAUUCAGAUGGACUAUUCCAGCACGUGGAAGAUCAUUGCCAACUCCGACCUGUCCUGGUACCACCAAGGUGUCCUGGCAGCUUUCAUGGAAAACGUGAGUUCUGCAGUAAAAGUCUAUGAUGUGCAGGAAGAGAGGACCAACAAGGAGGACAGAGCCCUGGCCUGCAGCCCUGCCCCUCUCACGGCUGAGAGGAGGCGGAGCCUCUGGUACAUGACCCACUACCCUAUGGAGAGAAAAGGCCUGCUGGUGACCCUGAACGGCAACCCCGUGGACUACCACACCAUCCACCGCAGCCUCCUGCUGGAGAACGGCCCCACCAAGGCUGACCUGUACUCCAUGCCGCAGUACCACUGGGAGCGCACUGCCACCUCCCCAGAAAAGGAGGAGGAAAAAGAUGAUGAGAAAGAGUUUGAGGACGAGCGGAGCCGGGAGAAGAGGAGUGUCAAAGUGCAUGCCAUGGUGUCUAUGUUCCAGUUCAUCAUAAAACAGAGCUACAUCUGCACCCUCAUUGCCACGAUGACCACGUCUAACUCAGCAGAGUGGGGACUGUACCAUGUACUGACUGCCCCGCUUUCUCGCCCUUCCCCCCUGGAGGCCUGGAGCAUCACCUACCACAGCUGGAUGACCUUCAUGCUGCUCAUCUGGUCCUGCACUCUGUGGAUAAUCCACAACCGGAAGAAGUACGCCAUGAUCAGCUCCCCCUUCAUGGUCGUCUACGGAAACCUGCUGCCCAUACUGAGGUACAUAUGGAGCUUCGAGCUCUCCGAGAUUAAAAAGGUUCUGGAGAUUCUUAGAAAAGAAGGAGCCGGGGGAGCUUGCCUCAAGUAUGAUGAACAGGAUGUAGAGGUAGACAGCAAGGCUCAGGAGAAGGAGGAAGAAAAGGAGCCAAGGGAGGAGCAGCAGGAACAGAGAGAGGAAGAGGAAGAAGAAGAGGUGGAUGAACAGGAUGUGAUGAAGGUGCUGGGGAACCUGGUGGUGGCCCUGUUCAUCAAGUACUUGAUCUACAUCUGCAGGGGGAUGUUCUUCUUCAUCAGCUUCGAGGGUAAAAUCAUGAUGUACAAGAUCUUCUACAUGGUGCUCUUCCUCUUCUAUGUGGCCCUAUAUCCGGUGUCUCUGUUCAACUACGUGUUUCUGAUUUCCUGGGCUUUCACUCUGCCAUACGCCGAGCUCCACUGUCUGUCCUCCAGUGUCUGCACUGUCUGGACAUGUGCAAUCAUCGUCUGUAAAAUGCUGCACCAGCUGCAGACCAUCAAGCCUGAGAACUUCUCUGUGAACUGUUCGUUGCCAAAUGAAAAGCAGAUGAAAAUACUCCUGCAGCAGCUGAACAUGUCUCUGAUCUACAGCGCACCCAUUGACCCCAUGGAAUGGAUGGGCCUCAGGAAGUCAUCUCCUCUGCUCGUCUACCUGAGGAACAACCUGCUGAUGCUGGCCAUUCUGGCCUUUGAGGUCACCAUCUACCGCCAUCAGGAGUAUUACCAAGCUAACGUGAUCGGCCAGCGCAUAGACUUCUACAUCGUGAUUCACACCAGCUGGCUGAUUGCCGUCCUGUACCGGCACAGGAGGAAGGCCAUCACCGAGAUCCUGAUCCACCCAAGUACUGCUGCUUCCUGGCUUGCAUCAUCACCUUCCAGUAUUUCAUCUGCAUCGGCAUCCCCCCCUGCCCCCUGCCGAGACUACCCCUGGAGGUUCAAGGGUGCCAGCUUCAAUGACAAUAUCGUCAAGUGGCUGUACUUCCCUGACUUCAUCGUUUGGCCCAAACUUUUGUUCCUCUUGUGUAAGUCAUACCUGGACAUAUCCAUGGUGGUCAUCUUCAGUUACCUCUUCUGGUUCGUGCUCACCAUCAUCUUCAUCACUGGGACAACCCGCAUCAGCAACUUUUGCAUGGGCUAUGUGGUGGCCUGCUUCUACUUCCUGCUCUUCGGGGGCAACUUGCUGCUGAAACCCAUCAAGAGCAUCCUGUGCUACUGGGACUGA